UCCUCCUGCCGAUCUAUUUCUGUCAGUCUGAGCUGGAGGCAGUGGUGGAAGCGGGUAGUGUGCACACCCAGUGUAGCCUGCACAAAGCAGCUCCUCUCACACACACACUCACUUCAGCACGGCUUCUUCAGUUUCAGCUGCCCCGCGCUCCUCUCUUUACCCGGUGGAAACUUUUCUUCCUUGUGCUUAAACGUUUUCUACCUCCUGAGCUGUGGUAUUGUGGGAAUCUCUGUUACACUGAAGCUGUGGAUGUGGGAUGUUUCCUGCCUAGUCCGUUAUUGCUGCAUUGUGCUCUGGAGUCCUGUUGUUCGGCUGCUUUGCCCUCAAGCUGCCCAGCUCUACAGAUAAUGUUUGAGGAAUCAUAGGGCACGUUUUAUGCUACUGAGCCUACAGGUGACCUGCAGCCUCCACUGUACCAGGUGACUUAUAUUUACAUGAUCUGUACAAUAAUAAUAAUAAUAACAACAACUUUGGGUUCUGAUGGUCUGUCUUUGGAAAAGGAACCCUGCAUGGCACUGUUGAAUAGCACCCCUGGUUUUAGGGGACCCCCAGUGGCUGUCUCAUUCUCUGUGUAUUAAAAUUGCACCUGGAAGGGCCCAUUACACACAGGACAAGGGGACUGUGGGCUCUUUGCCAUCUCUUCACACACUCGCCUCCAUGCCUGGAUUACAUCAAAUGCUAAACACCAUUUACGAGGCUGAUUCCGCUUCUUCCACAGAUGGCAUCCGACGGGGCGAGCCGGGACUGAGGUUUGGCCACAAGAGCGGUGCUACUGGAGCAGUGGAUUUGAGUGCCCCAGUCAGCACAAUCUUGACUCAAGCCAAUCCCAUGGCAUUCCAGAUUGUCCAUCGUCUUGGUCAUCACGCUGAGCCAACACUCCUGCCCAUCAAGCAGUCCAAGCAACAGCUCUUCUCAAAUCUCUCCCAGCACCAGCCAGUGGAACACCAAUUGCGGCUGGGUACGGAGCCAGCCUGUCGGAAUGCAGAGCUUGUGCGACAAGAACCAAGUUUACGGCAGCUUGUGAACAAAGAAAAAGGAAAAACAAAUGCCAUGGCCAGCCCUGCAGUGAAGCAGAAGAUUUUAGAGAUGAUCCAGAAAAAGAAAUUUGCGCCGGAUCGAAAAAAUAUUGCGAAUCACAGCACAGCGGUGCCCUACAGGUCUCCUGAAAUUGUUGAUAAAGAAGCACCCCCACCGCCAUCAAUCAUGACUAACUUUGCUUCUCAGGUGUCUAACAACUCUUGUAACCCCUCUGAGCACUUCCCCCUACGCAGGACAGCCUCAGAGCCAAACCUUAAAUGGCCCUGCAGACCCAAGAAGUCUGGAGAGCGGAGGAAAAACCCCCUAACCCGAAAGGAAAGUGCUCCACCUGCUGUCAGAAGGAGACCCCCAGAGACACAGGACUCCUCACCAAGCAGUAGCAGCACUCCGGUGUCAGGAUGCAGUUCUCCAAAUGAUAGUAUCCCUGCGGAAAACGGAAGCCUUUCCUCCAUUCCUGGAGCUGCCUCUGAGGGAGAAGUGAGUCGAAGGGCAGUGCCAGGUGUAGUUCAUCGCACCUCAUAUCUAACACCGCACCCAAUCUUCAUGGCGCCCAGCAUAGAGGGUCAUGAUGGCACCUCCCCCCUUGCCACCCGCUUACAGCCGCUCAUCAUUCUGGAACCGUCAGGUGCACACACUCCUCUUGUAGCAGUUCAAGGCCUGGGCUCUGUUCAGUUUGCACAUGCUUUCAUAAGCUCCGAUCACCAUAAGCCUUUGAGCCGGACCCGCUCGGAACCUCUUCCUCAACAGCAGCUUCUGUAUCAGCAGCAUUACUCCAUAUUUCCUGAACAUUUGAAGCAGCAGCGCCAGUUAAGUAAGCAGCGCUCCCAGAAAACCAGUGAAAGGCCACGCUUAUCCCAGAUCCCAUCAGAGGAAAUGGAUGAGAGUUCUAGCCCCACAGCUGACUGUCCCAAUGAUCUGGGAGGAAAUCCUACACGAGUGAGAUCAGAAUCACAGCGAGCUGGGCAACAUGAGACUCUCAGUAGCAGCCAACAAGCAAUUCAGCAACAGCACUCCUUCCAUCCGCAGGCCUAUUUUUAUGAAUCCAGCCUCCACAGACCUGGGAAACGGCCAUUGGAUACGCUAAUGAUCCCCAUGAUGCCAGGUGGGCAUCGCCCACUUUCCCGAGCAAAGUCCUCUCCAGCCUCUGCAUCUCUGCCAGCUCAAGAGCCUUCUGCCAAAGCAAUGUCAAUUCCAAUGCCAGAACAAGCUACCAAGCCUCGCUUCACUACAGGAAUUGUGUAUGACUCAGUAAUGCUGAAACAUCAGUGUACUUGUGGAGACAACAGCAAUCACCCAGAGCAUGCUGGGAGAAUCCAAAGCAUCUGGUCCCGCUUACAAGAGAGAGGCUUACGCAAUCAUUGUGAAUGUAUCCGGGGGAGGAAGGCUACAUUAGAGGAGCUGCAGUCUGUUCACACAGAAACCCAUGUUCUACUCUAUGGAACCAAUCCCCUCAACAGACUCAAACUGGAUAACCGCAAGCUUGCAGGAAUUCUCUCACAAAGGAUGUUUGUAAUGCUGCCGUGCGGAGGACUUGGGGUGGACAGUGAUACCAUCUGGAAUGAACUCCACUCCUCCAAUGCAGCACGCUGGGCAGCAGGCAGUGUCAUUGAUCUGGCAUUUAAAGUUGCCAGCCGAGAGCUGAAGAAUGGCUUUGCGUUAGUGAGACCCCCAGGACAUCAUGCAGACCCCUCAACGGCAAUGGGGUUCUGCUUCUUUAACUCAGUGGCCAUUGCAGCAAAACAACUGCAACUAAGACACGAUGUGAGAAAGAUCCUCAUUGUGGACUGGGAUGUACACCACGGAAACGGAACACAACGAGUAUUUUACACGGACCCUAACGUGCUGUAUAUCUCUUUGCAUCGACAUGAUGAUGGCAACUUUUUCCCGGGCAGUGGAGCAGCUGAUGAGGUUGGUGCUGGGAAUGGUGAAGGUUUCAAUGUCAAUGUUGCAUGGACAGGCGGUUUGGAGCCUCCAAUGGGGGAUGUGGAAUACCUCACAGCUUUUCGGACGGUGGUAAUGCCGAUUGCCCAUGAGUUCUCUCCAGAUGUCGUCUUGGUUUCUGCUGGGUUUGAUGCGGCUGAAGGACACCCAGCUCCUCUUGGAGGAUAUAAAGUCACAGCAAAAUGCUUCGGGCAAAUGACGCAGCAGCUCAUGAACUUAGCAGAAGGCCGAGUGGUGCUUGCUCUGGAGGGAGGUCAUGAUCUGACAUCUAUAUGUGAUGCUUCAGAGGCCUGUAUCUCGGCCCUGUUGGGAAAUGAGCUGGAUCCCCUCCCUGAAGAGACUUUAAGGCAGAGGCCCAACCAAAAUGCUGUGCGUUCGCUGGAAACUGUCAUACAUGUCCAAAGUAAAUACUGGACAUCAGUCAAACAAUUUGCCUCCAAGGUGCAAUAUACCCUUCUGGAAGCCCAGAAACAUGAUCGGGACGAGGUGGACACAGUGACAGCUUUAGCCUCCUUGUCAGUGGGGAAGGGAUCCAUUACAGUAGCUGGGAACAGGCCUCAGGAAGAGCCAAUGGAGGAAGAUGAACCCAUGAGUUUAUGAUGGGACAGAAGAUAGGUGCUGGUAUGGUUGUAUUACUUCAGCCCUGCAACCGUGGGGCAGUUUGCGUCAUUAUUUCCUUACAAUAAUGAUACUGUCCCAUUUAUGUGAGUCCAUGAUUAAAGUCUCGAUGACUUUGCCUAAGAAGAACUGAGACAUUGAAUAUGCUUGACCAAAGAUAUUGCUCAGGCGAGAGCUGGAUUAGGCGGUUGUGGGAUAAGCAAACAGAAGACUAUGUAUAUUGUUCACAUAUACAAAUUAACCUUUAACCAACAGUUACAAAAUUGCCAUUCCAGAGACGACCAUAAAUGUGUUUCAUCCUUUGAAGAACCCCUACUUGAUAGUUGACGCUUUAAUGUCAAGAUCUGAUGGAUAUCCAUGAGUUAAGCAUGUUAUCCCAUGAGUUAAGCAUGUUAUCCAUAAGUUAAGAAUGUUAUUAGGGCAAAAUGCUCAAUGCCAAGCUGAGAAAUCCUGCAUCAUCAACAGCAUUUUGAAGAAGUCAAUAGAAACUGGUGUGACCUCCUACCAAUAGAGCGGUAGAAGAACCUUGCAAUUUAUACCCCAGCGGAUAUCCUCCUCUGCUGACCACUCUGUUUAAAACUAGGAUCUCAGACAUUGACUGUUUGUGCCUUGCACACUAGGAACUUUCCUUGUAUCCUACAUACUCCUCAUGACCACUAAUACCGAAGUCUUACGGAUUCUGUUUUUGUUCAUUUGCACUAUGGGGAAAAUCUCCCCACAACCACCAAAAACAAUAUGAGGACAACUUAAAACCAGUUUUCAGCAAGGGGUCUUGUAUACAGAAUCACUAUGUACACAAAAUUGACUUUUAUUUUGCUGUAUUAUUGAUGCUUAUUAAGAUUUGUUCUGAAUGAAAUGUAAUGAUAUGAAAGUAAAUUUUCACUUUCCUAUGGCUAUCAGCUUCCACAUGGGGUGGGGAAAAGAAUUUAGGAGCAGCUUUGAAAUGGUUAGUGAUGCACAUAUAAUAUUGACAGAAGAAAACAUUUGAGCUUUGGUUUGUCCAUAGCUUUUUAAUGGUGUUGGUUUAA